GUUGGGAACUGGGUACUACAAACGUUUAAGACAGGUCGACGCAACGUAAACCGACCACCAACCUCAGCUCCAUCGACAGCUACUCUACCGUCAACCACAACAACAACAGCAACAGCAACAGCAACACAUAUCUUUCACAUCCUCACUGUCAACACCCCACGAACGAUGCCACCACCACCGCCACCACCACCGCCCCCACCCCCACCACCACCUCCCGGCGGCUUCGGAGGAGGCAAAGCGGCUGCCCCUUCAAGAGGAGCGCUCAACGGCGACAUCACGAAGGGGAUCCGGCUGAAGAAGGCGCAAACGAACGAUCGCAGCGCCCCGAUAAUCGAUGCGAAGAUCUCGGGCGGCGGAGGAGGAGGAGGCGUUGUGCAGAUGGGAAAGCCGCCGGCUAUUCCGGGUGCUCCGCCGAUUCCAGGUGCGGCCGCUGCGGCGAUGAGAGCGAGGAGUGAUAGUGCCGGAGCAUCCGUGAACCGUGGGAGGAGUAAUAGUGAGACUACUGGGGGAGGAGGAGGAGGAGGGCUGGCCCCGGCUGCACAGCUGGGUGGAUUAUUUGCGGGCGGGAUGCCACGACUGAGGAGUACGAGAGGCGGCGUGAAUACUGGAGCGAACCGAGAUUCCUCCUAUAUGUCCGACACGGAAUCACCCCCACGAGCCCCGACAAUCCCCACCCUCCGCGCGUCUCCCUCCGCGCCCAACGUCAACUCGCGCAAAACGCCCGCCCCGCCCCCUGGUCGUCCGCACUCCACCGCGCCGGUCCCACCACGCGCGCCUCCCCCACCACCAUCGCACAUCCGCCCGCCACCCCCACCAAGCCGCAAGUCCCCCUCACCCACACCGCCCGCGCCCCCACCACCACGCGCCACCCCUCCACCCCCACCGCCCACAAACGGCGGCAACAGCAACGGCAUAUCCCUCCUGCAAUCCGCGCUGAGCAAGCGCUCCGUCUCGCUCUCGCACACGCCGCCGCCGCCGCCGCCUCCACCCUCGGGGCCCAACCGCAACGCCCCGCCCCCUCCGCCACCGCCGCCUUCCGCGCCGGCUCCGCCUCCACCACCACCUCCCCCGCCGUCGGCUGCCUACGGAAAUUACUCCCUCAGCCCCGCGGUCGCCUCCGGCGCUCGCAAGAUCGUCGUCGACGAUAGCAGGUGGCGCUUUCAGCCCGAAGCGAGCUUUCCUGAACCGAGGCCGUUUACUGGAUGCAAUAAGGCGUAUAGGAGUGGUAGGGGGAGCAGUGUUCCGCUCGAUUUGAGUAGUCUGGAGUAAAGCGAUGCAUGAAGGGGG